AUGGACAAAGAAACUACUUUUAAAGCAUUAGGUGUCGCGGAUGACAAAGAUUGGAUACAUCCAAAAAGGUUUGGGUACCACCCAACCGUUUUAAAUGACCACGAUGUUGAAGUUGAGAUUGAAUUAUGUGCUGUUUGCGGCAGUGAUUUACACUAUGCUUCCGGUGACUGGGGUAGACCCUUCUUACCAGCUGCACCUGGCCACGAAAUUAUCGGCAAAAUUAGCAAGAUGGGUAAGUUAGUUGAUGCCAAUAAAUUUAAGAUGGGGGAUAGAGUUGGUGUUGGUCCUCAAAAGGAUUGUUGUGGUAAAUGUACAAGAUGUUUAGUUCAUAAAGAAAUGAACUGUAAAAAGAUGAUCCAAACCUACUCCUCCCCAGACCCAAUCACUGGAGAAGGCACUCAGGGUGGUUAUGCGGAUCGUAUUAGAUGCAACGAUAGAUUUAUAUUUAAGAUCCCGGACAAUCUAGAAUCCAAGUAUGCUGCUCCAUUGAUGUGUGGUGGUAUGACUGGGUUCAAACCAUUACUAACCGCUAAAGUUGGCAAAGGUACAAAAGUCGGUAUUGUGGGUAUAGGUGGUAUCGGUCAUAUGACCAUUUUGUUUGCCAAAGCUCUAGGCGCUGAGGUCACUGCAAUUUCCAGAUCUGACAGGAAAAGGGAAGAUGCUUUCAAAUUGGGCGCCGACCAUUAUAUCACCACUUCUAAGGACGGAUACACGGACGAGUUUAGUGAUUCUUUGGAUCUUAUUAUUUAUACCACUUCUUCCUUUUCUGGCGUCAAUUUUGAUGAAAAUUUAAAAUUAUUGAUGCCAGGCGGUAAAAUUAUUUUCAUUACUGCUCCUCCAUUGUCUGAAAAAUUGACUUUAAGCCCCUUUGCAAUGCUAAUGGGUGAUUACAGCGUUGGUGCUUCUGCUGUUGGUCAUCCUCAUGAGAUUGAAUUUAUGUUAAAAUUUGCUGCCGAACAUAAUAUCAAACCAUGGGUUGAAACUUUGGAUAUUAAUGCAGAUAACGUUACCGAAGCUUGGGAGAGAUUGGAACGUGGUGACGUCAAGUACAGAUUUGUAUUGACCAAUAAUCAAAAGUAUUUUGCCAGUAAUAAAGACGAAACUGCUUAG